AUGUCGUUCAAAAGGAUAUUAUCGUCGCUUCCUGCGAUACAAUCUCGGACUACCGUACGGCUUCGCCCUGCACCCAGAGAAUGGUUUUGCCCCAAUUUCCCCACCGCCCACCUGAGUAGUUGGCGUGGCUCUGGCACCGAGGACCAAAGUGUGAACCGCGUGAAGAAAGGGGACACCACGGAUCCGCAAACUGAAGCCACCAGGUCGGGCCUUAAGGAGAAAGAGGAAAAGAAAGGCUUACAUGACUUGUCGAAAAGCCAAUCCACGACAGAGAAGGACCAGCAGAAGUCAACAAGCAAAACAGAGGAGGAAUUUCCCAAGGCACCGAAACCGGUAAUUGGAAUGACGGACGAACGGGGCGAGGUCAGUACUAAAGGGUGCAUAAGUAUGGUCCACCGGGAGCAGGAAUUAGAGGAUCUGGAGAUAUUCCCGGUCUAG